GCUCGCUCACAUGAAGCUCUAUUUCUUAUGGCAGGCAUAAAUACUUGCUCUUCCCUACUUCUGCUGCCUCUGCCCUACUCCUGUUCAUCCCUUUACUAUUCGCUCAUGUUUCGAAAUACAUUGCCCACGGGUGGCCGGUGCACCUGUCAAAUAUGGCGAGUAAUACAUUUUCUCACUACCUUACGGCCGUCUAUAUACCCGUACCGUACCGUCAGCCUAGUUCUGAGAGCCUUGACGGUACGGUAUACGGACCAGCCGUCGCCCGUCACUGUACCGUGGCUAUACGGCCGUAUACCGUAUACGGUACGGUGCGAAGCCCUAAACCCCAGAUAGCGGCUAUUUAAUCUCCCUUGACCUCAUGCGAGGGAACACUCCAAAUGACGGUCCCGUUAUGACCGUCAUCGACUAGUACGACGCUAACUCCCAUCUCUGCCAGCAGCUGCCCCGAGAAUGGGUGC